UUCUGCGACAGGGCAAGAGGGGAGAAGUUUGGUGAUUUAGCUAAGUUUUACCGUCGCUGAGAAGUGCCAAAGAAAAAGGAUAUAACGCAGUUUCGUGGGCACGACCCUGAUGUUUGAAAUACACAGGAGUAUUAUCUUUUGGCACACGACUUAGUUGUGAAUUAGUAUAUCUGUGCACGUUAUUGAAGUUUAAUUACUCCAACCUGAGACGGAGCUCAGCCUCGCGCUGGUGACUCUAUGUGGAUUUUACAGAAAAUAUGGGCCAAUUUCCCGGUAUCUCUUCGGGCAAAGUUGUUUUCCUUGUAAUUUGCUACACCCAGUUGUCAUUCGCUCUGCAGUGCCUGGAUACUACAAAGCCAUGUGUGAACAACGCCACGUGCCACAAGUACACCAAUGCCACUGGAUACUGCAGGUGUAACCUUGGCUACCUGGGUGAGUACUGCCAACACAAGGACCCAUGCCUCCCCGGCCUCUGCAAGAAUGGCGGGAACUGCACCGUGAGCGUGCACGGUGUCCCCGGGAACCCCACGUGCGUGUGCCCGCUGGGUUUCGCCGGUCAAUCCUGCGAGACGCCCCAGAACUCCACGUGCUACCCCAAGAACCCCUGCAAAAACCAGGGCACCUGCAGCCUGCUGGCCCUGGACAAGUACCUAUGCCACUGUGCCCACGGAUGGACGGGUCACGACUGUGAGCAAGUGGACAGCUGCGUCUCCAACCCGUGCGCCAACGGUGGCACUUGCGCAGUCCAGUCCAGCGGCGCAUACUCGUGCACGUGCCCGUCCGGCUGGGAGGGCCCGCACUGCGAGAACGACACGGACGAGUGUGCCGACGCCUCCGCGUCGUCGCCGGUCUGCCACAACAAAGGGCAGUGCAUCAACACGCUGGGCUCCUACCAGUGCAGCUGCCCGCAGGGCUUCACCGGACGGCACUGCGAGACCCCCUACCAGCCCUGCGCGCCCACGCCGUGCCAAAACCAAGGCACCUGCCGACCCACCUCCGACUUCAACUAUCAGUGUCACUGCCUGCCAGGAUUCAAUGGAACAAACUGCGAGAUUAACAUCGACGACUGCCCUUCCCAUGACUGCCAGAAUGGAGGAACCUGUAUGGAUGGAGUCAACACCUACAACUGCCAGUGUCCACCCGAAUGGACAGGUCAGUACUGCACAGACGAUGUGGAUGAGUGCCACCUGCAGCCCAACACCUGCCAGAACGGUGGCACAUGUAACAACAUGCCGGGCAGCUACAACUGUGUGUGCGUCAACGGCUGGAGUGGCCCGGACUGCUCGGAGAACAUCGACGACUGUGCCGUGGCCGCCUGCAGUGAGGGAUCUACCUGUGUGGACCGCGUGGCGUCCUUUAUCUGCGUGUGCCCACACGGCAGGACAGGCUUGCUGUGUCACAUACCUGACGCCUGCAUGAGCAGCCCCUGCCGCGAGGGCUCUCAGUGUCACUCCAACCCCAUCAACGGCAUGUACAACUGCAUGUGCCAGUCAGGGUACAGGGGCAGCACCUGCUACGAGGACAUCGAUGAGUGCAGCAUCGGUACGAACCCUUGUGAGCACAAUGGGCUGUGUAUGAACACAGAGGGCUCGUUCACCUGUAACUGCGCCCAGGGAUACACAGGGCCACGCUGUGAGCAGGAUGUCAACGAGUGCCUGUCCAACCCAUGCAAGAACGAUGCCACCUGCCUAGACCAGAUUGGAAAAUACACAUGCAUCUGCAUGCCAGGCUUUGAAGGCGAACACUGUGAAAUCGAAAUUGAUGAGUGCAACAGCUCUCCUUGCCUGAACAGCGGGAAGUGCAGAGACGAAGUCAGCCGCUUCGUCUGCGAUUGUCCUCAAGGAUUCACCGGUGAGACGUGUCAGGUUGACAUUGAUGAAUGUGCCAGCACACCCUGCCUCAAUGGUGCCAAAUGCUGGGACCGGCCCAAUGGCUACGACUGUGAAUGUGCCGAAGGAUACAAGGGGUCGCUGUGCGAGGAGAACAUUGACGACUGCAACCCCAAGCCCUGCCACCAUGGAGUCUGCAAGGACGGCAUCGCCACCUACAAAUGCGAGUGCGAGCCGGGCUACAUGGGCACCAUCUGCAACAUGCAGAUCCAGGAGUGCCACAGCAGCCCCUGUCAGAACGGAGGCCGCUGCGUCGACUUGGUCAACAAGUACCAGUGCGUCUGCCCGACGGGAACCUCCGGCGACAACUGUGAAAACAACUACGAUGACUGUGCCAGUAACCCUUGUAUGUAUGGAGAGUGUCAAGACGGAAUCAAUGAAUACUCGUGUGUCUGUGAUCCAGGCUACACAGGGAAGAAAUGCGAUGUGAACAUUGACGAGUGCAGCUCCAACCCGUGCCUCAGCGGUGGCACCUGUGAGGACAAAGUGAACGGCUUCCAGUGCCUGUGCCCGCCUGGCACCCAUGGACCCCUGUGCCACUCAGGGGCGGACCACUGUGCCCCGCUGCCCUGCCGACAUGGAGAUUGUGUGGAGCAACAGGACGGGUAUAGAUGUGAGUGCAAACCUGGAUGGGUGGGGCAACACUGUCAGCAGGACAAAGAUGAAUGCCAGUCCAACCCCUGUCAGAAUGGAGCCACCUGCACCGACGGGCCCAACACCUACACCUGCAGGUGCAACCCUGGCUACACAGGUGUGAACUGCCAGAUCAACAUAGACGAGUGCGAGUCCAGCCCCUGCCUGAACCAGGGCACCUGUGAGGAUGCCAUCAACGGCUACACUUGCAAAUGCCCACUGCCCUAUACAGGCAAACACUGCGAGACGGAGUUGGCUCCGUGUGAGUCCAAGCCCUGCCAGAGAGGAGGAGAGUGUCAACCCUCCAGCGACUACACCUCCUACACCUGUCGCUGUCCCAAAGAAUGGCAAGGUCCCCAGUGCACAGAGGACGUGGAUGAGUGCCGGAAAAAUCCGUGUCAGAACCACGGCCGCUGCCACAACACACCCGGCAGCUACAUGUGCACAUGCCAACCUGGCUACGGUGGCCAUAACUGCCAGAACAACAUUGAUGACUGCGCACCUAACCCCUGCCUGAAUGGAGGCACCUGUGUUGACAAAGUGGGGCGGUACUCGUGCAUGUGUCCCGCCGGUUUUAUGGGCGAGCGCUGCGAAAAGGACAUAAACGAGUGCGCCAGCUCCCCGUGUCGCCACGGCGGCAACUGCAAGGACUACGCCAACAGCUACACGUGCGAGUGCCCGCCGGGCUUCCACGGCCAGAACUGCGAACACAGCAUCCCACAGUGCUCUGAGAGCUCCUGCCUGAAUAACGGCACCUGUGUGGACGGGAUUAACACCCACUCCUGCCGCUGCCGGACGGGCUUCAGUGGCCUCUACUGCGAGAAGGAGAUUGAUGAGUGCGAGAGCCAGCCUUGCAAGAACGGCGGCACCUGCACCGACGACGUGGGCACCUACCGCUGCACCUGCCCUGCCGAGUACACCGGCUCAAACUGCCAGUACAUGGCCGAUGUGUGCAGCAAGAUCGUGUGCCAGAACGGCGGCCUGUGCUCCCAGUCGAAAACGAUGUGGCGCUGCAGCUGCCCCGAGGGCUGGUCAGGCGUCUACUGCGACGUGCCCAACAUCUCAUGCCAGGCCAUCGCCACCCAGAGAGGAACCUCUGCAGAUAAAGUGUGCCAGCAUGCCGGGAGGUGCGAAGACACGGGCAAGACACACCACUGCCAGUGCCAGAAGGGCUACAUGGGCAGCUACUGCGAGAAAGAGGUGGACGAGUGCCUGUCCAACCCCUGCCGCAACGGCGCCACCUGCAUCGACUACCAGGACGCUUACACGUGUACGUGCAAAGCUGGUUUCCAGGGGGUGCACUGUGAAUACGACGUGAACGAGUGUCAGUCCGAUCCCUGCAAAAAUGGGGGCACCUGCCACAACCUGGUCAACCACUUCAGGUGCUCCUGUCCUCCUGGCACGCGAGGAGCGCAGUGUGAAGAGAACUUGGACGACUGUGCCUCAGAUAAAGGCCAGCGCUGCCUGAAUGGCGGUUCGUGCGUGGACGGCAUCGGUCGCUACACAUGCUCGUGCAGGCCGGGCUUCACCGGGGAGCACUGCGAAGGCGACAUCAACGAGUGCCUGUCGCGCCCCUGCUACGCCCCAGGAAGCCUUGACUGUGUGCAGCAGGUUAACGACUACGAGUGCCGCUGCCGCCUCGGCUACACAGGUCGGCACUGUGAAUCUGUGGUGGACUUGUGUCUGUCCAAGCCAUGCCACAACAACGGUGACUGCUUUAUGAACAUGAGCUCCAACCACGGAUACACUUGUAGAUGUCAGCCAGGCUUCAAUGGCUUCAACUGUGGUGAUUUUGAGGGCUACACUUGUGCCAACCUGCGCUGCCAGAACGGAGGCACGUGCCAGCCAGGCGGCAUCCCCCAGUGCCGCUGCCCGGCUGGCUUUGGCGGUGCCCGCUGUGAGAUCAUCCAGAACUGCCCGUGCCACAACGGUGGCUCGUGCGUGCCUGACCCGCUCAACCGCAACCAGGUGACCUGUCGUUGCCCGCAUCCCUUCCAGGGAAGGCACUGUGAGCGGCUGCCGGUCCUUCCGACGCCUGAGCCGUCCUGUCCGUACGUGCAGUGCGAGCAGACAUACGGGGACGGCUGGUGUGACCAGCAGUGCAAGAACCAGGAGUGCUCGUGGGACGGCGGCGACUGCUCGCUGCACUGGCCCAAGCCCUGGGAGAACUGCACAGCGCCCGUCCACUGCUGGGACCUCUUCCGCAACGGCCGCUGCGACCCUGAGUGCGACAAUCCCGGCUGCCUCUUUGACAACUUUGAGUGCCAGGCACCCAGCCCGUGCAAGUACGAUGACUACUGCAAGGAUCACUAUGCCAACGGCUAUUGCAACCAGGGCUGUAACACAGAGGCGUGCGGCUGGGACGGCCUGGACUGCUCGGAGGACGUGCCUCCCAAGCUGGCAGACGGCACGCUGGUGAUCGUGGUGCUGCUGCAGCCCAACGAGCUCAAGCGCGACCUCAAGGGCUUCCUGCGCACGCUCAGCACCUUGCUCCGCACCAACGUGCGUGUCAAGCUGGACGACCAGAAGAACUCCAUGAUCUUCCCGUACUACGGCGACGACAAGGCAGACGACAGCGGCCGGGGCAAGCAGCGGGGCAAGAGGGAGGUUUCCAAGGACGCCAUUGGCUCCAAGGUGUACCUGGAGAUCGACAACCGCCAGUGCGCACAGAGCUCCAAGGAGUGCUUCUCUAGCACGGACCUGGCCGCCUCCUUCAUCGCAGCGGAGUACCUCAAAUCCGGCCUGUUCUACCCCGUCGUACAAGUCGACAGUGAUCACACAGCGUCGCCCCACCCACCGCAGUGGCUGUACCUGUGCGCGGUGGCGGCGGCCAUCAUCCUGGUGAUCCUGGUGCUGGGCGUCCUGGCGGCCAAGAGGAAGCGCAAGCACGGCAUCCUGUGGCUACCCGACGGAUUCCUGGCCAACAACAACAGCAAGCGUCGCGAGCCCGUGGGCCAGGACGACUUCAGCCUCAAGAACAUGCAAAAGCCCCAGGAUGGUCUGUUGGACGGCAGCCAGGACCAGUGCUGGCCAGAGGAGCAUCCGCCCAAAAAGCCCAGGAUGGCCACUCCUCAGAUGGAGGACAAGCCCCUGUUGCCUAUGGACGGUGCAGUGGACAGAAGGGAGUGGACGCUGCAGCACCGCAAGGCCGCGGACAUCACUCUCACGCCCCCACAGGCUGACCUGGACAUGGACUGCUUGGACGUCAAUGUCAAAGGGCCAGACGGCUUCACCCCUCUCAUGCUGGCGUCGUUACGUAGCAGCGGUGUGGAGUGCGCCAGCGUGUUGGGCGAUGAGGAGGAGGAGAGCGGCGCCGACGAGGCCGGCUCCAACGUCAUCAGCGACCUGAUCGCCCAGGGCGCCACGCUCAUGGCGCAGACGGACCGCACUGGGGAGACCGCCCUGCACCUGGCCGCCCGUUACGCCCGGGCCGAUGCCGCCAAGAGGCUGCUGGACGCCGGCGCCGACCCCAACGCUCACGACAACAUGGGCCGCACGCCGCUGCAUGCCGCUGUGGCUGCUGAUGCCCAGGGAGUGUUCCAGAUCCUGAUCCGUAACCGUGCAACUGAGCUUGAUUCCCGCAUGAACGAUGGCACCACACCCCUCAUCUUGGCAGCGCGUCUUGCCGUGGAGGGCAUGGUAGAGGAACUGGUGCACUGCCAUGCUGACGUCAAUGCUGUCGAUGAUCAUGGCAAGUCAGCUCUGCACUGGGCAGCCGCAGUCAACAACGUCGAGGCCGUUCUGGUGUUGCUGAAAAAUGGAGCCAAUCGAGACAUGCAGGACAACAAGGAGGAGACUCCUCUGUUCCUGGCAGCGCGGGAGGGUAGCUUCGAGGCGGCCCAGGUGCUUCUCGACCACUACUCCAACCGCGACAUCACCGACCACCUGGACCGGCUGCCGCGCGACACCGCUCAGGAGCGCAUGCACCACGACAUCGUGCGCCUGCUGGACCAGUACAACCUGGUGCACAGCCCCCACGCCGGCCCCAACCACCUGGGCGGUGGCAACGGAGGCGGCCACUCCUCCAUGGUGUGCGGGGGCGCCGGCGGCGCCGGAGGAUUCAUGGGCAUGCGGCCCGGCCCGCAGGGCAAGAAGAACCGAAGAGGAGCCGGCGCCAAGGUGAGCGGGGGCGCUGGAGGACCGGGCGGCGGUGGACCCAAAGAGCUGAAAGACAUGAAGGCCAAGCGGAGGAAGAAGCCGGCCGGAGGGGAAGGGCCUGCAGGAGGAGCAGCCGUGCCCGUGGGAGGAGGAGGGGGAGGAGGGGGAGGAGGAGCCGUGGGGGGUAAUGCUGCCACUGCUGCCGCCAAUGCCAAGGGCCCUGGGUUGUCGGAGAGCUCGGUCACCAUGUCGCCCGUGGAUUCGCUCGAGUCGCCACACUCGUACGCCGGUGAUGCGGCCGCGGCGUCCGGAGCCGCCACGUCGCCACCGCUGCUGAGCAGCCCCACGCCUCGCCAGCUGCUGCCCCCGGUCAGCCACAUGCUGGCCAGCCAACAGCAGUGGGUGGGCAUGGGCAAGCAUGGAGGCGGCGGCGGCUACGGUGGUGGCGGGGGCACCAUGUUCGGCACCAUGCCCCACCAGAUGGGCGCCUCGCACCACGGCAUGUCCCAGCACCACAGCCCGGGCCUGCUCACGCCCAUGAACAUCACCAUGAGCCGCGAGCAGCUGCCACCAAUUGUCACCUUCCAGAUGAUGCCCGGCGGGGGCCAGGCCAUGCUGAAGCAGUCUCAGAUGCCUGGGCAGAUGCAGAGCCAGGGCCAGAGCCGCCCCCAACAGGGCUCGGCCCACCUGCACUGUGGCCAGAUGUACCCGAUGCCCGACGUGGGGAUGUCGCACGGCAUGGCCCACCAGCUCUCCCACGCCCACUCGCACAGCCACGCGAUGCCCAUGGGCAUGGUCGAGGGCCAGGGCCGCCAGUUGCCUCCGUACCAGCCUCUGCAGAGCCCCGUGGAUAAGUACCCCACGCCGCCGUCGCAGCACAGCUACCCCAACACCGGCUCGGAGGGCACCACACCCGGGCACCCCACGCAGCCGGCCAGCGAGCACCCCUACCUCACCCCGUCGCCUGAGUCACCCGACCCCUGGUCCUCGUCCUCGCCCCACUCCAACUCGGACUGGUCGGACGUCACCACCAGCCCCACGCCGCUGGGGAAUGUGCACGCGCUUGCCCAGCCCUGCCACACACACAUUCCAGAGCAGGCGCAGCUGCAGCCGCCCGCACAGCCGCAGACGCCGCAGGCCCAGCAGCCGCAGCGGAGCAGCAUCUACGCCUGAGACUCCAGACUGCGCGCCGCUCGGCUUAGCUCGAGUCAGCUGAGCUUGCUGGUGGAAACUACAGUGUUUUCCUUUUUUGGUCCUUUUUUUUUUUUUUUAAAGGAAAUUCCUUUGUCUUAAUCUUAUAUCCACUAGUUACUGUCUCUUCCGAUGUCUAUUUGUAAUGCUUUUAUUGCUAUGCACUUCAGUAUUGGUAGUGUGUGUGUAUGUGCGUGUGUAUAUGUAGUUACUGAAUCUCUUCUAAUACUGCUUGUUGUGCCCAAGUAAAAAUGAAAGAAAAUGUAUCCAGUAUAACCAGCUAGGAUUAGAACGUCUCGUCAGUUCAGCCAGGUCCAACAAGUCCGGGCCUGUGGGACAGCAUAAACAAUCAUCAAAAAGGAGUCAGGACUAAUAAAGGCUGAAACUAAUGACCUUAACGGAUGGAUGAUGCUUGGAAAUCCAAGUCGUGGCCACGAUCAAAAGGAGAUUAUUGUGUCAUCUACGGACAGUGAUAUAACUGUGGCCACCAAAACAAGGGACAUUUUCUACUGCCCUUGGUGGGCUGUUUUACUUUGGCUUUAUACAUUUUGAAGGAUAUUUGGUCAACGAAAGCUUUUGUUUCAUCAUUGUUUUGUAAUGUCUUUAAGUCAAAUGUUGCUAGUGCUUCUUUGUGUACUGGGUUAUUGUUAAUUUAAUGAUGUUGUGUCUUUUUUUGUAUGAUGGGUCAACCUGCUUUAGGAGAGAUGUUAUCUUGAAGCUUAAACUGCCUUUUACUGUUCUCAGCAGAUAGAAUCUGUAUGGUGAUUUAUGGUUUUGUCUAAGGUGAAUUUAGAUUUUGCUCAAAAGAGCAUCCAUGAGGAAGAGGUGCACACAAAGAACAGCACACAGGCACAGCUGUCGAAGGUGUGGUUCUAAGCUCAACUGUGGUGUAAAUCGUUUGAACUUCACGUUUCCUGUCUUUAUAAGUAUCUCUCUAAAAUGGCCUGGCAUCUCUGUUACUGUGUUUUUGUACAGCCUGUGCUUUAGAGAGGUGGGAUAACAGGAAGGUAUGGCUACCAGUACCUUGUUCAAUUGGCACUAAAGUCAACAAAACCUAAUAAUGGAGAAGUGAAAGUCUCGUUUUGGCAGUGGUAUUGUAUCAUGUGAUUUGUAUUUUCGGAUUGAUUGAUUUGCAGUUGGCUUAUCAAAGUAUUACUGAAUUUUUGAACAAGAUUAUGACAUUCUGGAAGCUGGAGGUGAGGAAAUGUAAGUUGAGACAACUGGAAGCAACGGUUGCCAUGUUAGUAUUGUCCCACGACAGUUUAUGCCAAAGGCACUGUGUCUUUUUACGAACACCAUUAUUGUAAUUACUGUUACUGUUUUACCUGUAUACUGUCAUGUUAUUGUUCUCAUCGGUUUAAACUGUCUCUUUAUUUUCUUAAUUUCUGAAAUGAUGGUUCUUCUCCCAAAUCAAUUAGUCUUCUCUGUUUUUCCACUAUAUUGUACACCUAUUUGCGAUUCUUUGAUUUUUUUUAAAGAAAACAAAAAAAGAUAUUGUGCUUAGAGAUUUAUCUGUACCAUGGGGAGUUCUCAUGCCUCAUGGUGUUUGCUUUUUGGAGUGUCUUCGUGACACUGUACAAUCAGUUUUUCUUCUUUGCACAGCACAGCACACCAACAUCCCAACAUCCAACCAAAAUCCUGAAGAUACAAUCCAAAAAAGUGUAGUUGCUACAAGUAUUUUGUGUUUUUUUCUUGAGAUUGAUUUGAAUGAUUUGUUAUGUCCUGUGUGGUUAUUGUUUUUUUCUUUUUCUUUUUUAAACAAACCAGAGGGUCAGUGUUAAAUUGUACCUACCCAAAGCUAACACACACUUUUGUCAAGGCAAACUUAUCACUAUAGAAAAAAAAAAAAGAAAUCAUACACAUAUACGGUACACAGGGGACUGCAAACCCCAAAUCAGAAGACGAAACAGCAGAGGAAUGUGUAAAAGGAUAGCAUUACAUUUUUGGUCUUAUUGUUUAUACGUGGCAUAUUUUUUUUUUUCCAGUUUUGCUCUGAGUUGGUCAAAUCAGAUGCCUUGAAUGUCACGUGUGUAGAUGAAACUCAACCGACCCCUACAAAUUCUCUCUGUGGCACUUAUGCUUGUUUGCUUUAAGGGUGUCAAAGUGUGCUGAUUUGUAUCUCUGUGCCUUUAGGACCCCUGGUCCCUUAACCCCAUGAUCGAAUCAGCAGGGCUCAAAGAGCAUGGUGUUUUCACUUAAAUAUUAUGCAAGGCUUUUGUUUUUUUUAAUGCUGUAAAUAAACUUUUUAAAAAUGUUCAUGAACCUUGUUAACCAAAUAUAUACGGUAUAUAUAUAAAAAGCUAUAUAAAUGUGUAUGUCUUAUAUGAAGUAGAUCUCUCGCGUUGGUACAACAGUUGAUGAACCUUGUGAAUAAUGGACAAGUCCAAAGUAACCAAGCGAGGAAAUGAUUCGUUUAUAUUUGAAUCAACAAAUAAAGUUGUUAGGAUCUA